GCAUAACCAACGUUACGUUAUUGUUGUUCAACUUCAUUUUGUAGCAUUUCCAAGUUCUUCGUGCGAACCCCGACGACGAAAUCAUUCCAUCCAGCCGUCGAAGCCGUGUUCUCGGGGGUUUGGGAUUGUGAUUUUAUAUAAAUCUCGACAGUUAUCGUGCCAACAACCAUACAAACGAAGAUAAACUGAAACGAGCUGACUGCACAGCUGCUUGGGGAUCAGCCGAGCCCGCAUUAUCUGUGAUAUACAGCUCAGCCUCUCGUCCGUCCUAUAAGGGCUGGGCCACCUGGGGCUAGGAGGCGAGUCCGCAGCAGCUUCCAGCGGUGAUCUCACCUUGUCCUCUGACACAGAGGCACUAAACACUGCUACCUGCUUUAUUGACUGCAUCACGAACCAUUGUUACUUAGUCUAUAAUUGAAACAAUAUGCAAUCUGUGAAAAUAAGUAUAAUGCUAGAUGGAUAUUGUAGAAAAUUAUUCUAUUUAUAAUAAUUGUCUGAUGUCUAAUGUUUCUGUAAUAUUAUGUGUUCCACAUGUAAUUAAGGAUAAUUGUUACUCCAAUAUUGAUACUGUUACCGAACCAAUGCAAUGUAAACACUCCACCUCAAUGGUGGUGAACACAAAUAAAUUUGGUGCUUUUAAGCGAGUCGAAGAGAAGAAUGAGAGUCAGCGAGUUAGUGUAAAAAUGAUAGAUAAUAAUAUUUAUAAUGUAGUGUUUGUUGAUAGAGUCCGACAAAACCAAAUGAUUGGCGACACGCCUAACUACUGCAUUCCUGUAAAGAUUAACGCCAUAACAGUCCAGGGUAUCUCAUACAGUGACCCGUAUUUCAGUAGCUUUAACUUAAACAUUAAGAUGGCGUUGGGAGCGCCAGAGUAUAUGAACAAGUCUGAUUACGCUUUUAAAUCCUCCGUUUGUAUUAUACGAAAUGAGCCUUGCGAGACGCAACUACUGAGUGAUAAGUCUGUUCAUAAUAUGAUAUGCAAAACGAAAACUCGAAUGAUUUCUGAUGCUGACAAGUUUAUCAGAAUACACCAUGACAAUAAUGUAUCGAAAGUUGAUUGUAACGAAUCGGAAUCGGCGGAUGAGCCCGCUCUGGGGACCUUCGCGAAUGGUGAUCUCACCUUUGAUGCUAUGAUGGAAUUGGCGAAGAACGAGGAGCGAAUUAUAAAGACUAUGACAAACAAGGAAGAUCUGGACAGCUGGGGCGUGCCACGACGCAUGCGCCUCUGCGGCGGUGGGGAGAGCUCCCUCAACGCGGCCACCGGAUGGGGCAGCCCGCCUACCUCCAACAACAGUGCUGGGAAUUGGGGCGGCAGCACAAGUGGUCAAUCAAAUAAUGGAACAAACAAUACUCAACAAUGGAAUAACACGGCGCAGCGGCCGCCGACUUCUCAAGCGGAUUUGAAUAGCAAUAAAACAAACGGCAAUCCGAUACCGCCCACGAGUGCAGCGUCUGCACAAAAUUGGCAAAAUAAUCCGGCAAACAUGCCAAAUUCGCAGUCUAACAACAACGGGGCGCCUGCAAGCAACGGUACAAACAAUGCUGCAAAUGGUAAUAAUGGAGGUACAAAUUCUAAUUCAUCUAAUGCUAAUGGACCCGCUAACGGGAAUGGUAAUGGUGGUAACAACACCAACAACACAUCAUCUGCAAAAAUUGAGCAGUUGAACUCUAUGAGGGAAGCUCUCUUUAGUCAGGAUGGCUGGGGAGGUCAACAUGUUAACCAAGAUACCAAUUGGGAUGUGCCUGGGUCACCAGAACCUGGCUCCAAAGUAGAGCCCACUGCAGGAGGACCACCUGCUUGGAAACCCAACAUUAAUAACGGCGCUUUCCUUGGAACUGAUCUUUGGGAGGCCAAUUUGAGGAAUGGUGGACAACCACCGCCGCAACCUGCCGCGAAGACUCCUUGGGGUCAUACUCCUACCACCAACAUUGGUGGAACUUGGGGUGAGGAUGAUGAUGUCGCUGACUCUGCUAACGUGUGGACAGGUCCUCCGCCUCCACAGCAAUGGCCCGCAGGUCCGCCUCAACACGCACAACAAUGGGGCAUGCCUAAAAAGGAUGACUGGAAUGCCUGGGGUGAACCUCACCGUCCUUCUGAUCCGAGACUGGAUCCCCACCGCACGACGGAUCCUCGUCAGCAACCCGUCGACCCACGUCAUGAUCUACGAGGUGGAAUCUCUGGCCGUCUUAACGGCGACAUGUGGAGUCAGCAUCAGCACCCCGCUGGCCCCAAUAAAAUGAUGCCUACUGGUGGUGUCAACCAAUGGGGAGGACAAGGUCCUAAAGAUACAAUGAAGUCUAGCGGAUGGGAGGAACCAUCACCGCCCGCGGCUCGCCGUGCUGGCGCUGGAUUUGAUGAUGGUACAGCUUUGUGGGCUCAGCGCGCCGGAAUGGGCAUGGGUCGAGGAGGUCCUCAAGGUCCACCUGCGCCGACACGCAUCCCGCCCACUCCUACCAAGCCAGACGCAGUUUGGGGAGCACACCCACAACGCAAUGGUUCCUGGGAGGAACCGCACGCACCUGCAUGGCCCGAUCGCGAUGCUCCAGCCUGGCCCGAUGCAUCUGGUCAAGGACUUUGGCCUGUGCCUAAGCCCAAGCCUUCCGGCCCUUCGGGCGGCUGGCCCGAUGAUAUUGGCGAAUGGGGAGGACCGAAACCUCCUCAGGGCGGUCCACUUGCCAAACAAUUGCCCAAAGAAGUAGUCUGGAAUAGCAAGCAGUUCAGGUUCCUGGUGGAGAUGGGAUUCAAGAAGGAAGACGCCGAGGCGGCAUUGCGUAGUCGUGACAUGAACGGCGAGGAAGCGUUGGAGUUGUUGGCGAGCGCGCGUGGUGAUGGCUGGCGCCGCGGCGACGAGCACUUCCACCACGCAGGCGCGUUCCAGUCGCCGCCGUCGGUGCCGGCCGUGUCUCCCGCCGUGGUGCAGAAGCUGCUCAACCAGCCGCCGCCGCAGCCUGUACAGCAUCAUCAGCAAUACAAUCCUUCCAGUGGAACCGGCAACAGUGGUCAGCCAAGCGCGGCGCAGUUGCGUAUGCUCGUGCAACAGAUCCAGAUGGCGGUGUCGGCUGGUUAUCUGAACCAUCAGAUCUUGAACCAGCCAUUGGCUCCUCAAACGCUUGUGCUAUUGAAUCAACUCUUGCAACAGAUUAAAGUACUACAACAAUUGUUGCAACAAAACUCUCUCGCGAUGACGAAAGGUCAUUCAUCUCUUGCUAUUCAAUACUCAGUGCAGAUUACCAAAGCGAAGCAGCAAAUCACUGCUCUUCAAAACCAAAUCACUACCCAGCAAGCGUUGUAUAUGAAGCAGCAGGCGGGCGGCGAUCUGUUCAAGCAGGGCCAUGACCCUCUCGUCCAGCUGCAGAACAACUUCAGUGACAUGGCAAUCACCAAAGAUUCACAAGCGACUUAUGGCGCGAGUGGAAAUCAACAAUCCCGACUGACUCAAUGGAAGCUGCCAUCCCUCGACAAGGACGGUGAGGCGUCUGAGUUCAGCCGCGCUCCUGGUACGGCCAAGUCCACCACCAGCCCGCAGCUGAACCAACUCGGGCUGCAGCCCGACACCACUUGGGGAGUAGGGCGCGGCAACGAAGGCUGGGGUGAUAGCGGCGCCGACGUGGCCGACGGCAAGGACGCGUGGCCCUCGCACGUCUCUCAUCAGCCCGUGUACGAUCUAGUGCCAGAGUUCGAACCCGGAAAGCCUUGGAAGGGCAAUCAAAUGAAGACAGUGGAGGAGGACCCGGCGAUGACUCCCGGGUCGGUGGUGCGCUCGCCGCUGUCGCUGGCCGCCAUCAAGGACACGGAGAUGCUGACGGGCAAGACGUCCCCGCCGGGCGGCGAGCGCUCGCUGUCGUCGUCCACGUGGAGCUACGCGCCCGCGGGCGGCGGCGCCGCGCUCAAGGGCGACGCGUGGGCCGGUAAGCCUCGCGCUGCACCGCCCGGCCUCAACAAACCUUGGCCGCAGCACCACCAGCCCCAGCGCUUGCCCUCCUGGCAGGCUUCCACUUGGCUGCUGCUUAAGAACCUCACCGCUCAGAUUGACGGUUCUACUCUGAAGACGCUGUGCGUGCAGCACGGUCCUCUUCAGAACUUCCAUCUGUACUUGAACCAGGGUCUCGCCCUCGCUCGCUACUCGACCCGCGAGGAGGCGGCCAAGGCCCAGAUGGCGCUGAACAAUUGCGUCCUGAGCAACACGACUAUAUUCGCGGAGUCGCCGGCGGAGUCGGAGGUGCAGCUGAUCCUGCAGCACCUGGGCUCGGGCGGCGGCGGCGCGUGGCGCGGCGGCGGCAACAAGGACGGCUGGAACUCGUACCCGGCGCUGUGGCCCGACCAGCACGACCAGCGCGCCACGCCGUCCAGCCUGAACUCGUUCCUGCCGCCGGACCUGCUGGGCGGCGAGUCGAUCUAAGCGCGCCUCGGGGCCGUCGGUAGGUAGUUGUAAUUACGCUUGACGUCUCCCGCGCGGGGAUGGACUAAUUUUAUUCGCCUAGUCAGAGAGCGUGGGACGCGUGGCGUGGCGCCGCGACGCGACGCGUCCGGCGCGGCCAACUGUCCACAACUAUUAUCUACUGUGUUGUAAGUGUUCAUGUAGAUUAUUUAGUGUACAUAAGAUGAUUCAGCGAGCGGCGGCCGGUGACGGCCGAUGGCGGCGGCCGACGGUGGCGGCGAGGCGGGUGGCGUCGCUCGGCGGCUUGUAUAUUUACCAAAUAGACGUAGCGUGGAUGUGUACAGUAGUUGCGUCGCGGGCUACCUCAGUCACUCGUCCCGUGUCCUAAGUUAGUGUGUAUUUAUUUUGUUGCGCUCGCGGGGUGUUGUUGUUUCGCCCGCGGGCUGUUGCGUUCCGAAUAUCUUCAUGUUCGUUUUUUUAUUUUCUCGUUUAACCACGCAGCGUUUUAAUUAUUUAUUCCGUUUUGAAUUCUCACUAUAGCGAUGAGCUUUCGUUUUCCAUUAGUGAUAUUUUAUUCAGCAAUAAACGCGCAAGUGCAUUUUGCGGAUAACAAAACGUUGAAUAAUUAGUUUGUAAUGUUAAUGUAACAAAAUUUGAAAAUAAUGAGAUUGAAAGUGCAUUCUGUUAGCAGUAAAUUCGUUUAAGCCACACGGUGAGAGAUGUAGGCGCGUAUACAAGAGUAUAGGUCCGGAGCGGCGGCUCCCCGCGGCUCCCGCAAUCCAGUAACCUGUGAUGUAUAGUAUCUUGCCUAUUGUAAGGAUAAUCUAUUUUGUUGAGAGUAUCGUAGAGCGAGUUGCCGGCGCGGCGGUCGGUCUCCGCCGAUGCUGAUGUUUCCCCAAAUUUUUUCCAGUAUUUGUGAUUCAAGUGCCACUUUAUGUUUAAUAUAUGAAACGAUUAACUAGAUUAUACGAUUAAUGUAAGGGUAACCUAAUAUAUUAAAUUGAAAAUUGUUUUAUCAUUUUAUAUUACAUACAUUUGUGAGAAACGUUAUAAAGUACUAUAAUAAUAAUGAUCGACAGUAAUUUAAUAUUACACUUUUGUGUAUAGGUAAGAGUAAAGUUCUAACUUAAAUUUAGCCAUAUCAAUAUCUAUUUAAUAAAAGAUUUGUGGUAUUUUCUAUAGGCUCAAUUUGAACGUUAUUCAAAGUGACAUAUGCUUUAGAUAUUCUGUUAAAAAUAUACUUGUAGGUGUAGAUGAGUCGGUAUUACAUCAUCGUAGUUAUAAGCGUACACUUAAGUCCCCUUAGGUAUCUGUAAGCAUACUGCUGAUAUUUAACGGCAACGAUCGCACGUGUACAUGUUAGUUAUCAUAAAGUUUAUUUACAUUUUUAUUUACGUAUUAAUUUAUUGAUGGUGUGCCACAAAGAUACUCUGCCAAAAUAAUUCAUUACCAAGUGUUUGGGAGUAACUAGUGACUAGCGCACGCCCACCGCGCCGGCCGCGGGCGGGCUCCUCUCGUCUCGCGGCCGCUGUCAUGUACACCGCAUCUGUAUUCGAGCAUCUUCCAGUGAUCUUACGAUUGAACGUAACGAUUCUAGUGUUAAGUUAGUUGUAAGCGAUCGCUGUACCUUGUCGGGCCCCGCCCGGCCCCUAUUCACAAAUUAAGGAAUUAGUUGUGUGAGCGCGACUCCGCGUCCACUUUGAUCGCUUCGGACCUGUAGUAGUUGUGCUCGUAGUGUCGAUGUUUCGAUGUGUCGAUGUGUCGUGUGAUGUGUUGUAGAAACAGUUUGCAUUACAACGUCAUUUCGCUGUAGGGACCGGCGGUUGGAGUUUCGCGUUCUGUGUACUGCGUGUUCUCGGUUGCGUUUGGUUUUGUUCACGCGGAGCUCUGAUAUCUCUAUCGACAGUACAAACGACUUCAAUAUUCUUUCGACUUAGGCUGCUAUAUGCUAUAUGAAAGGCACGGUGUAUGCGGCCGAAUCGGUUCGGCUCCGGGGCUAUUAUACUCGUAACUACAUCGUCACGAUGUUUACUGAUAGGUGCCAAAGAGUGAGUAUCAAAGAUGAAAAUGUCCGGAACGAUUGACUGCAUUUCUCUGCUUGUGUAAUGAAUGAUUCUUCCAAAAUUUUGAAAUUGAUUCGCGUUACGGGUUGAUGAUCUGAUGUUCCUAUUACAUUACUUACUCGUUACUUCUGCAAUAGUCACAUAGUCUGGUUGGCGCGGACAAAUGUCAAUUGUAAGUAUUGUUGUAAAGCUCAAUUUACGCGAAAAUAUUAUUUUCACCAUUCAACAAACGAUGCUCUUUAUUUUAAACAACGUUCUGUCCACGCUCGCGCCAUAAUUUCUAACGCCUAAUUUCAGUCGUUUACUGGUGCGUAUGAAUUUAAUACAGCAAUAAAAUAACAUAUAAUUAAUUUUUAUAAGAUUUUUCAAUUUUUAAUAUUAGACGAGUCGAUCAAACGGAAAAUAUAUAAUGAUCCAGUGUCCUUUAGACUGUGUUGUCCGUAGAAUAACGACGAUAGAAGUCAUGCCUUGAAGAUAUUUAGUCAGUUAACUAAUCAGUACUUAAUAAUGGACGCAGAAGUGCAGAUAAUAGAGACAAACUCGUAGGCGUCGUGGUGUAGCGAUGUAGCGGUGUAGCGGCGUAGCGGCGUAGGGCGUACGUCGGCCGCGGGCUGCGAGCCGCCUUGGUUGUGACGUGUGGCGCUCACGCCGCCUUUACUGAAUCUCCUUUCGGUUCAAUGACUGCAUCAUUAUUUCCUGCACACAAUUAUUGCGCCAUGUGCAAUUUAGUCUGUGUUAUUAUUAUGUUGUUGUAUAUUUAUAUCUUACAUCUUUACUGUAAUAUGUAUAUUGUGGAAUUAUAUGCAUAAAAGAUUUAAUACGCUUCAUGCUUCUAUUUUAACAUUUUUUAGUGAGUCGUUUCUGUUAUUUAGAAUAAAUUUACGUACCUAAAAGUAAUUAUUAUAAAUAUCGUAGGUGUAAAUGUAAGAGAAAAAAAUAUAAAAAAAAUAAAAAUAAAAAAAAAACGAAAAAAAGAAAAGCAAUUAAAAGAAACCAAUGAUUGUGCCUCAAUGAACUGUGGUACGUUACCGUAACAGAUGGCAGGUGUAAUCGUUUCCUUCAAAGUUAUUAUAUGAAGUGUGCGCUAGGCACCGCUCGUGAGUCGUGACUUGCUGUACUGGCGGUGCUGGCGGUACUGGCGGUACGGUCUGUACUGGCCGUAGACAAUAUAAGGCUGCGAGCCGCGGCUGCGGCGGCGCGGCGCCCGCGCCCACGCCCACGCCUUGUGUAAUCAUUAAUGAGCUUAGCUACGUUUUACUUUUAUUGUAAGUGUUAUUUCAUCAAUCUACAUUUUAUAUGUAUACACCUGUGUGUAAAUAUUUUAUCUAUUUAUUAUUUUGGUUUUCAUGAAGUUUACCCGAAUUCAUAUAUUGUAACCUUGUAACAUGUUUUUAUUUAUAUUUUGAUUUAAUCAGCGUGGGUUUCGCGUGUACACUAAUCACUACACGUUCAGUAUGUCGCGUAUUGUUUCAAACAUUCGAAUGCCAAAGUCGAUGUGGAAAUGCCAUUCAACGACCACAAACGCCAGCACGUGAACUGCGUGGAUCUCUCACAUCACAACAAAACUAUUGAUCGUACAAAUGGAAGCCAUUUAUUUUAAAACACGCCUCUUAGGUCGUUUUUCCUCCAAGCUGCUCCGGUAUAUUAGCUCAACUAUAAAGGUAGUUUGCUCAUAAUUGUUAUUAAUUUUAAUUUUUUAAAUCUUAAUAAAUUAUCUUUUUUCCACGACAUGGAAAUAAAAUUCUGAAGUUGUGUGUUAUCUCAAGUUAGCUUUUAAUGCCUAAGGUCAUUGGCGCGAGUUCGCAUUGUAUUUGCUUAUGAGCCUUCCCGCCUAAUACACGUAGACUGUGUAAUUUUCGUGUUUAUUUUUAUUUCGUUUGCUCAGUCGCCCGCUCUCGUUACCAUUCAUUAACACCCGGCCACGAAACCAGACGGUGCAUUGAAUUGGUAACGUUUGGACGGGGUCUUUCCUUUGCUUUAGUUUCUACAGCUUGACAUUGAGAGGCUUCGACAAAUCGAUGAAGCAAAUGUCAGGCGACACUUGUUUCGACAUCAUUUUAUAUAUAGGGACCAAACCAAGCACGGAUACUGCGCAAUUUCCUUUAACCGAACUCACAUCGCAGCUGAAUACAGACUCGAUGCGUACUAAAAGACAUUCGCGUUUUUCCAUUGUUAACAACGUACAUAUUAUGCCGUCGCGUGAAACUGACGAAGUUAUUUUGUAUGACAUUAUUAUAUUGUUAGUGUACGAUAUUCAGGGCCUUUUAAUUUUAAAAUAAGGUUAAAAAUUUUGCUUGUUGUAUUUAUUUAUAUACAUAUGUAUUAUAUAUAUUUUUGUACGUUAAGACGUUGACGUCCUGAUACAAUAGAGAACACGUUAGGUGAUAUCUACAAAGAAACUAGUCUUCCUUAUUUACGAGGGGUAGCGUGAGUAGCGUCGGUGGAGACGGGACGGGGCGAGCGGCGACCGGCGCGCCCGCGCGUGCGUGCGUGCGCGCGUGCGUGCGCGCGUGCGGCGCGCGUCGACAGCCAAGCGCGUCGCCACAAGAGGCAAUCAUUCCUCUAGUCUUGUUAUGUGGUGCGUUUAAGUGAAUACCAAAUAUAAAAUAACGAAGGCUUUGUCGUUAGUGUACGUAGGGGUAGGCGAUAGAUCGGCCCGAGCAGCUUGGACCCUGUCGAACUUACAAAGGAGUGAUUGAGUAGUAUUAUUGUAAUGCAUUUAUUUCUCUUUUUGUCAUAGUCACUCAAUCAUAUAUUUAAUUAAUUGAGCUAACGCCUAAAAUUGGAAUAUCAGAGUUUAUUUAGGAUGUUUCAUAUUUUACAUUUUAGUGUUUAAAUAUCUAAAAUUUACCUUAAUUAUAGUGAAUGGAUUUUUGUAUUAUUGGUAUAUAUGUAGCUGUAAGACAAAGGUGUUCUUCAUAAACACAAACAACUGAUUAUUACAAAAUAAAAUUAAAGUACUGAGUGACUUUACGUGUAAACCGUGGGCCAUUGAUAAAUAUGUUGAACUAAGCUAAAUUCUCUAUGUGGUAAUUUAUAUAAAUGUGAUUGCUGAGAAUAUUUUACCUGCUAUAUGUAUAGUUAUAAUAGAUCAAUAAGUCGCUAUUGAUUCGUUUGGUCGGCGGCACACGAGUGCACACGUGCCCGUGUGCACGACACUCCGCAUACCUUCUGAGCAUGUAAUACAGUAAUGUUGCAUUUGAUUCGUUACAUCGGACGAAUAUAUAGCGUUUAUGUAUAUGUAUGUAUGUGUAUGAAGGCCAACCUCCCACCAACAGUUAAUUGAUGCAGUAGACUCUUUCCUGCUGCUCGCUAACUACACAAAAUACUGCUUCUCUAGUCUCUCUCGCAUUCAAACGGCGGCGCGACCCCGCGGCCCGAGCGCGAGGCGCGUGCGCAUGUUAUCGAGCAUAAUAAACGACCAUAUCCUAUAUGAUAGUAGUUUGUAUUUGUAUUAUUCUUUCAUUAGAUCUCUGUUGUACCUGCGUGAAAUUGUUUAUAUUCAAUGUUCAUUUGUACUGUAAGAGAAGUGAACCGGUCUCGAAGACACCACGCUCUGUACAUCUAUCUCUAUACGUAAUUUCGUAUUAGAACGACCAAAUUUUUGAUGUUCCAUUGAUAUGCUGAUAAAACCUCUCAACUUAACGAUAUUUCUAUUGGCAACAAAAUCAAUACUCUAUGGUCUUAAAUUAGUCACUUUUGUACCUUGAUUGUACUUGUACUUGAAUAAUAUCCUAUGUAAGUGAGGAACGACUAAUCCAAUUCUGAAAUAUACUUAAUUUAAAUUUUGACAGACUGAUAUCUGUGAUUAAGAAAAUAUUUUUAAUAUUAUCCAGUGAGUCGGGUGAAAAUAUUUAUUUUGUUAGGGGUUUCCUACUGCCAGCGGCACAUAACGUAUUUGUGACGAGACGUGAUACAUGUAAUUGUUCGUUGUACUCAUAUUGUUCGCUACUUGUGACGCCUCGAGUCACGCCGGGACGUUUACGUUGUACAAACAAAACAAACGAACAAGCUUAAUUAUUAUAAACAAACAAACAUACCCCACCAUUGAAACGUACCGAUCCCAAUGAAAGCAAGUGAAACGCGUUUAUGUACCGCGGACGCGUUCACAGCGUUAACAUGACAUCACCGAGGUCACACAGACUGAUAAACAAAUUAUGAUUGUUGCGUACCACCGAUGUCAACUGAAAUUUGUUUUCCACCAACGAUUGAUCUUUGAACGUUGCAUAUCGACUACAUUUCUAAUUCGAAUUAUUUUGUUGUAUUCAUAUCCGUGAUUUCCGUGAUGUGCGUUAAGUUUGAUAUUGUAAUGAGCCUUUAGUUAUCAUAAUAAUGAAUACUACUAAUCUGUCCGCAUGUAGUGUAAUGUGUGUCAUCUCUAAAAUGAACGAUUGGCGUUGUUUUAAUAUUAUGAAAAUUAUAUUUUUCGGUACCACCUUUGAGUUAAAGUACAAUGUAGUUAUAUAAAGCAUGUUUCAGCGACUUACGUCGAGUGCGAAAUUGUGAACUAAUCAAUAAGUUAGAUUAGACUUAAGCUGUCUCGUCUCACAUUACACCAAUUAAUAAUUAAUUCUCCUUAAUAUAUUUGUAUCGGAACACUUGUCGUUUUAAGCAGAUACUAAAUUAUGUCAUAAAUAUAUCAAUAGGCUAAAAAUAUUUUUCUGUGCAAAUCUCUGUGAUGAGAAAUUUAUUCUAAAGAUAUAGUAUUAACUGAAGGCGAAGCGAGGGUCGUACUAUGAAGCUCUGACAAGCCUGACGGGCUUGCGAGUGGCCGCGGACCGGCCCUUCUCGCCUGGACGGCGGCUCAACACAUUUAUAUUAAGACCCGAGUUUCGCCGUGACUUUAAAAGUUGAACUUUUCAGUCUUUUCGCGCAAAGGGUUGUGUAUUAUUUUUUAUGUAGUACAAAAUGUGUUCGCAAUUUGAUUGCUGCUGUAGUGUUCCUUAUUUUCUUAUUCAAAUUAUCUUUGUUGGGUAUUUAUUUGAAACCUUGUAUUCUGAAAUAUAAUUUUGUAAUAUAAUAUUUAAAUAGUCGUGAGGCAUGCGUAAUAAAAUUUCACGUAGUAAGUUAUGUAAACGGCUGCCUUAAUAGUUAAUAUGUAUUUGUAUCAAUUUGUACACCAUCCUCAAUGUAUGUUCCGUCGACGAUUCACUAUUUAGAAUCGUUUGUGUUCCGUCACGUACCAAAUAAUAGCGUAGCUGGCGGCGGGUUCGCUAGCGACGCUUGUGUUCCGCUCUCGCCUCGCCACGCACACGCACUCGUUUGUAAUAUCUUCCGUUCGGUGGUGCGUGGUAGCGACGUGGCGGGUUGAGUGCGGGGCGUUGCAAUCGACCGGUCGCCGUCGCAGCGAUCUUCAUGUCUUUAUUACCUCAUUCAGUAACCUCAGAUAGUGUCUCCGCACCACUAUUUAUCGACUCUCCUUGUACUUACCACACGCACUGCACUGUUAUUUGGUACACAGGUAUGAAUUUUCUUUAUUUUAAGGUAAUUAUGGUGAAUUUUAUCAGUGUAUUAAGUAAAUAGUCGAUAUAUUUUAUUGUUAUUUUUCUGAUACUACAUAAAAGCAAUGUAUAUUACAAACAAAGCAGGAGAACAAUAAUUAUUAUGUAAGUGUAACAGUUAGUGAAUUUAAGUGUGCUAUUUUCCAUUCCAGAACUCAACGAUAUCAAUGUUCUUGUAAUACUUAUGUUCGGGUUUUAAAAAGAUGUUAUUAUUGUAUAAUUAAACUAAACCUUAUGUGAUUGAAAUGCAAUGUUUAGAAGUAUUUUUAUUCUUUAUUUUUUACCAUUAAUUAAUAAUAGUUAGUAGAGAUCUAUUUGAGAGUCUAAUGUAUCAAUUAUUUGUAAAGUUGGCUGUAACUAAUUAGAGGUUACAAUAAGUAGACAUAUUUUAAUAUAAACAUUUGGAGAAAAUUUUAUGUAGAUGACAAAUAGUUGUUUUGAACAUUAUGUGAAGUGUUGUAUCGUAUUGUAUGGUAUCGUUAGCGCAAUGUGUACGCACAACGGUGAGGCGGGUCGAGCGGCUCGGCGCCCGCGCUCGGCCGCUGCGCACGCGCACUCGCGCACACGCACCGCUCGACCGGCGAACCCUCGACUCUCACUGCACAGCACUGCUAGACUAAUUCAGUUAUUGCGUAAGGAUAUUUUUCUUACAUUUCGAUAAGAGUAUAAUAUUUAUAGAAUAGGCAAUAAAUAAUGUUUAACAAAAGUCCCUAUGUAAUCGAACUGACAACAGAAACGCAUGUUAUAUUUGUGGCCUCUUUACGAAUAAGAUCUAAGUUACUGUUAAAGAAAAUUAAUUUUGCUAUGCACAGAAAUGAUACUCAAUUAAUUGCCAAAAAGUUAUAUGUAUAUUCAUAGUUCAACAAUAUUUCUUUUGGGCAUAUUUACUUUGAAUUUAUGCAAACUUAGAUUAUGAAUAAGUAGGUUGUAGAUUAUAUGUAGAGUGAAUGCAUAUAUUAUAAUAUAUCUAUAUAUUUAACGUAAGCUGAAUUUGAGAAAUAUCAAUUUCUUGUAUUGUUCAUAAGUUUAGAUAAUAAAUGGGUUUAGCCAUACUUCGGCUGGUUUGAUAUGUAUGUUAUCUGAUUCAUUGUAAAAAAAAAAUAAAAAAUCAUAUAAU